UAAAUAGAAUUGGAAUUGUGGAUUGUGGAUUAUUUUAAUUUUGAUCAAUGUGCUUGGUAGGAACUUUUAUUCCGAAUCAUGAACAAUGUGAAUUCUAGGAGAAGGUUAGAUUGAUUGGUUUGGAUUUGUUUUUUGAGUUCUUGGAGCACCUUUGUUUGUUUUGAAUUGCACGUGUGUGUUUAUCACACUUCUCCCUUUUUCGAUAUGUUACCUGCAAAGUUCUGUUACGAUCUUGCUUAGUCAAGAAGAGCCAUUUGAACAAGAGAAACAGGUCUCGAAGUUGCUUGACUAUUGGUAAUAGUAAUAGCAGUAACGGUAAUAAUAACGGCAAUGUGCAAUUAUGGCUUAUUAGCUGCCUAAAUUUUACAGCAGAUUUCUAAGGGGUCAAGAUUUCUUUUCUCUCUUGUUCCAUUAAAAUGUUGCUUCAAAAAAAAAAAUUAUUUAUUUUUUUAAAAUGCUGCAUUUGUUUGUUGCUGCAUCUUUGCCGUAGCAAGGUUUUUAAUCAUGCUGCAAGCGUUCAAACACACGGGGGACCGGUUUGAGAGGCACCUUUCAAGAUGGCAGCAUUAUCAUAAGUCUGUCCUGGCCAUCAGGAGAGAGGAUGUCAAUGCCUGGGAAAGAAGAGCCCCUCUAGCACCACGCCAUGUCAAGAUGUUGACCAACCUGGGGUACAAAGUCCUGGUGCAACCAUCCAAUCGCAGGGCCAUCCAUGAAAAGGACUAUAUUAAAGCGGGAGGCAUUAUACAAGAAGAUAUUUCACAGGCUUGCCUUAUUGUGGGUGUGAAGAGGCCCCCAGAAGAUAAGCUAAUUCCCAACAAGAACUAUGCAUUUUUCUCUCAUACUAUCAAAGCUCAAGAGGCAAAUAUGUCCUUGCUGGAUGAGAUCCUAAACAAGAAUAUUCGAUUGAUAGAUUAUGAGAAAAUGGUGGAUCACAGAGGAGCGCGAGUUGUAGCCUUUGGAAAGUGGGCUGGAGUUGCAGGCAUGAUCAAUAUUUUACAUGGAAUGGGAUUACGUUUUCUUGCUUUGGGACAUCAUACUCCGUUCAUGCAUAUCGGUAUGGCCCAUAAUUAUAGAAAUAGCAGCCAGGCCGUUCAAGCAGUUCGGGAUGCUGGCUAUGAAAUUUCCUUAGGACUGAUGCCGAAAUCUAUUGGGCCGCUCACAUUUGUGUUUACAGGAACUGGCAACGUCUCUAAGGGCGCCCAGGAAAUGUUCAACGCUCUCCCUUGUGAGUUUGUGGAACCCCAUGAGUUGAAGGAGGUCUCUAGAAGUGGAGACCUUAGAAAAGUAUAUGGAACAGUGCUAAGUCGACAUCAGCAUCUUGUAAGGAAAACUGAUGGGGUAUAUGAUCCAGUAGAAUAUGACAAGCAUCCAGAACUCUAUACAUCACGGUUUAACAAUGAUAUUGCGCCCUAUGCUACCUGCGUGAUAAAUGGAAUCUACUGGGAACAGAACACCCCACGCUUGCUAAGCAGACAGGAUGCCCAGAAGCUUUUGACACCACUCCAGCCGUCUCCCGCUGCUACAGAGGGCUGCCCUGAAUUGCCACACAAACUUGUUGCAAUAUGCGACAUCUCAGCAGACACUGAAGGAUCUAUAGAAUUUAUGACAGAAUGUACAACAAUUGACAGUCCAUUCUGUAUGUAUGAUGCUGACCAGCACAUUAAUCAUGACAGUGUAGAGGGACUUGGAAUUUUGAUGUGUUCUAUUGAUAACCUACCAGCUCAGCUUCCAAUAGAGUCAACAGAAUGUUUUGGAGACAUGCUGUUCCCCUAUAUUGAAGAAAUGCUCCUCUCUGAUGCUACAGAGCCCCUGGAAAGCCAGAAUUAUUCACCUGUAGUUAGAGAUGCAGUGAUUACAUCCAAUGGUUCACUGACUGAUAAGUAUAAAUAUAUCCAGAAACUGAGGGAAAACAGGGAAUAUAUGUUAUCCCUGACCAUGGAUAAGAAGAAGAAGGUUUUAAUACUUGGAUCUGGAUAUGUUUCUGAGCCUGUAAUAGAAUAUCUUACAAGAGACCCCAACGUUGAAAUAACAGCAGCCUCUAUCAUGAAGACUCAGCUUGAGCAGUUGUCCAAGAAAUACAGUAAUGUUGUUCCCAUCGUUAUGAACAUCACAGAAGACGACAGAUUAUCAUCAUUGGUGAAGAAGCAUAAUCUUGUUAUUAGUUUGUUGCCAUAUUCAUUCCAUCCUCUGGUUGCUAAGAAAUGCAUUGACAGCAGGGUGAAUUUGGUGACCGCAAGUUACCUGACGCCUGAAAUGAAAGAGCUACAGAAAAGUGCAGAGGCAGCUGGCAUUGCCAUUAUCAGCGAAGUAGGUUUGGAUCCUGGCCUCGAUCAUAUGUUGGCAAUGGAAUGUAUUGACAAAGCCAAAGAAGUGGGUGCUGAGGUGAUCUCCUACACUUCCUUCUGUGGAGGCUUGCCUGCUCCUGAAUAUUCUGACAACCCCCUGAGAUAUAAAUUUAGCUGGAGUCCACAGGGAGUCCUGCUAAAUACAGUUAAAUCUGCAACCUAUUUAAAAGAUGGAGAGAUUAUUAAUAUUCCAGCCGGAGGAGCUUUGCUUGAUUCUGUUACUGUCAUGGAUUUUUUCCCAGGAUUAAAUUUGGAAGGUUUUCCAAACAGGGACAGUACAAAAUAUGCUGAACCCUACGGUAUUCAAUCAGCUCACACUCUUUUAAGAGGAACUUUAAGGUACACGGGUUACUGUAAAGCUAUAGAAGGUUUUGUGAAAUUGGGACUAAUAAAUUCAGAACCAUGCCCUAUGCUUAGUGCAACUACACCUCCUGUAAAAUGGAAAGAGCUAAUGUGUAAGUUACUUGGACUUCAGCCUUCUGUCAAAUAUGAUAAACUCCAACAGGCUGUCUGCAAACAGCUGAAUGAGAACAAAAAACAGUUGGAAGCAGUGGAAUGGUUGGGGUUACUUGGAGAUGAACCUGUUCCAACAGCACAUAGUAUAGUGGAAGCAUUGGCCAAACACAUGGAAGCAAAGCUCUCGUAUGGUAGGUGACAUGCUCUUCACCCUUAGUUUUAUUUUCAACAUUGGUAAUCCUCAAUUUAUGACUGUAAUUGAGCCAGGAAUUAUAGUCCUAAGUCAUUGCAGUCAUUAAGGGAGUCACCACGUGACUCUGUCUGAUUUUCCAAUCAUUUUUGUGUUGGCCAUUAAGCAAAUGCUGCAGUUGUUAAGUGUAUCCAUUUUAUCUAAUAAGUAUUUUUGAGUGGAAUCUAGAAGCUAAUAAAAUGAAGGAAGAAAAUAUCUAACUACCAGAUGGAUUCAUCCAACCUGUAUUAAUUAGUAUCAAGGAAACAGC